UGAUAAGAACAUGAACCGAAUUAUGAAUAAGUUAAAUAUUUUGUUUACUCGAUAUUCAACUUUGAAAUAUUUAUUCAAUACACCUGUAACGACUCCUGUGACGCACGGGACUAUGUAGGUACGCGUCCGCCCAUCGGUUUCGUAUGUUAUUCCUUAUUGAUUGUGGAUGUACCGAUUCGUUUUAAUAGGUCAUACAAGAUCACUUUAGAUCACACUGGACUACAUCUCACAAUGGCACGAUGAGUUUUGCGUUCGUUCCUUGUCCAAUAUGUUAGAUCGUGUUGGGGGAAAUGUUUGCCAUGUUUCCCAGACAAUUUUUCGCAAUCAUCUUGUUGCUGAACACUGUCCGUUCGAACGACGUGCCUUGCGACAAGACCCGUACUAUUUUGUCACAGGCCAAUGGCAUCAUCACCCAUGGACCGCCAGGAACCAAUUACUCACAAAACACCCACUGCGAAUGGUUGAUCAAAGCGAAUAGUACAAAUCAGUUUAUUACUUUGGAGUUCAAGACUCUGAACACUGAAUGUUCUUACGAUUAUAUUUUUAUUUAUGAUGGAGAUUCCUUUAAUUCACCUCUUCUUGGAAGUUAUAGUGGAAAAAAUCAACCCCAGUCAAUAUUGGCAUCUUCAGGUUUUAUGUUAAUAUUGUUGUUUAGUGACACAAAUUAUGCAUUAGAAGGGUUUGAAGCCUCUUAUUAUGUUUCUGAUUGCCCGAGAAACUGUUCAAGUCACGGAUUUUGCCUUCGAAAUUUUUGUGUGUGCGAUAAUGAAUGGGGUGGACCUGAUUGCGGUAUUGAAUUAUGUCCUGAUAAAUGUGGUGAACCUCACAGGGGAGUAUGCAAACAAGGUCGAUGUCACUGUCACAACAAUUAUUCAGGAAUGAGUUGCACAUUGAAUAGUUCAGAUUCUACAGGGAAUAGAUGGCAUGAUUUAUAUCAAGGAGGCAUACAUCCAAGAACUGCCCAUUCUGCUGUCUAUAUUUCGGAAACAGACUCUUUAUAUGUUUUCGGUGGCUACGAUUUAAAUAAUAUUCUUGGUGAUCUUGUCAUAUUUCGUUUUAACACUUCCAUGUGGUAUGACCAAAAUUAUAAUAUUAUAGAUCCUUUACAUACUACAGUAAACUCUAUUGGAUCAGCCACUAUUAAUGCUCUUAUGACUGCUAAAUUAGGAGAUACAACAAUGGGAACAAAUAGAUCAAAGUACUUAACUUCUGAUAAUACUAGUCAUGUAAAUGAACACAAACGCAACAAACCAUGGUCAGCAGUAUUACAUGAUAUUUUUGUAUCGCUAGCUGAUGAUUCAACAUUCCUCGAACACCAAAAUGACAAUGCUCGUAAUUCUCAGUACGAUUUUCCUAAUGAUGAAAAUAAUGAACAUAUAAUGAAUGAAAUCAAACAAAAACGAUUACCAGCACCGCGCUUUGGCCAUGCAGCGACAAAAUACACUGGAGGAUUCAUUAUGUAUGGUGGUAAGCUGAAAAAUGGUCAACUGUCAAAUGAAUUAUGGUUUUAUAAUGUACAUUCAAAAAAAUGGUUUUUACGAGCUCAAAAUUCUAUAGUCCAACCACCUGCUCUUACUAGACAUACUGUAACUUUUGUGGAACAAACUAAUAGUAUAUUUUUAGUUGGUGGAAGUAAUAGUAAAGGAUAUUUUUCUUCUAAAAUAUUCUGCAUUCAAUUAAAUAUAGAUGAUGAAAAUGAGCAAUGGAAAGAAAUUAAACCAAGAGGUGGCAAGGAAUUAAAUUUUCGAGUGGCUGCUCAUUCAACAGUGUACGAUAUUCGUUCACAAUCUUUAAUAGUUUAUGGUGGAAUUGUGACAAGUGCAUCAUGGUUUUCAAAACUAAGUGAUCGAAUGUUUAUUUUUAAUAUACCAUCACAACAUUGGUCAGAAAUAAAAUACCCCCCAACAAAUGUUCCCACAGAACGAGCCUUUCACUCAGCUAAUAUAAUGGGAAAUUACAUUGUUGUUUUUGGAGGGUAUACACAUCGUCAUGCAAAGGAAGAAAUUUGUUAUGAUAAUGAAAUAUAUCUAUAUCAUCUAGGUUGUAAUACAUGGAUUAGUCGAGAUGUUCUUGGGUUUUCAACCAAAGAUAAUGCUCACAAGAAAUUACUCGGUGUAUUUGGACAUGGAGCGGAUGUCCGAAACAGAAAUACUUUAAUUAUUAUUGGUGGUUAUCGAGGCAAUAUAAAUAAUGAUUUAUUAGCAUUUGUUUUACCACCAACAUUAGUUCCUAUUGGAAAUGACUCAUAUAAUUUAGAACUUAUGUGCUCAAGACAUAAAGGUCUUCAAGAGUGUACAGCAAAUCUUGAAUGUGGAUGGUGUUCUUCCGAUGACACUUGUUAUGGACGCAAUGGUGGUAUAAAUUGCACAACUAAUUUACAAACAACACGAUGUCCUGGCAUCUGUUCGGCUUUAACUGAUUGUCAUUCAUGUUUAAUUCACGGGGAAAGUACUCCUUUCAAUAAUAAUCAAUCUACUACUUCAGUUGCUCAUAUCAUGCAAUUAGGUCGAUGUGUUUGGUGCAUACAAGAUGGUAGAUGUCAUCAUAAAAAUGAUAAUUAUGAGGUGUGUGGUCUACAUAAUAAUAUUUUUAACAAUGGAGGAACAGAAGUUGCUUAUCCAGAUGAUUGCAGAUCUUUAGAUAGGAGAUCAGGAUUGACAUUUUACAAAUAUUUACAUCCAGCAAAUUUUUCACAGCCGGAUUUAGUAUCUGUAGUUAAUUCAAGUGUUAUUGAUGUUUCGUCCCAUUUACCUAUGUCUCGAGCAGAUUUGUCUAUUGGUGGCUCGAUGAUUGUUAAGCUCUCUGGAUUUUUACGGUUUCCUCAGUUGUGGGAUAAUCACAAAGAUCAAUUACAAUUAUGCUCUCGGCUUACAAAUACUCGGCUUAUAAUGACAUCGCCAUAUAUGUAUCAACCUGAAAUCAAUAUAACAAUUAAAGCAGAUAACUGGCAAUGCUUACAAUUAUCUUCAUGGUCUACUGAAGAUCAACCAUUUCAUGCUCCUGAACGAUACUUAUUAGAUUUGACUACUUAUAAAAAUAUAACAUUUUCGCAGAAUACUGGUAAUGCUAUAGUAGAGUUACAACAUAACAAAGGACAUAAUAAUUCAAAGCCUUUUACAAUGGAGUAUCUUGAACCAUACCAUAGUAGAGAUAGUUCAGUAUGUUCUGACUAUCAAAGUUGUUUCAUAUGUGUUAGUGAUGCUAAUUGUGCGUGGUGUGAAUUAAAAUCAGUUUGUACUACAAGAAAUCAAACAGAUUCAGUUUUUUGCCAUAACAAGAGUAAUAUUAAUGAAUGGAAAUAUCUUGUUAUAUCACCUCAACUAUGUCCAAACUGUUCGAAUCAUGUGGAUUGUGUUGAUUGUAUUCAGAGUGGGUAUUGUGAAUGGUGGAGUCAAGAAGCUAAGUGCGAAAGACGUGGAAGAUUACCUGAAGGAGUGGUGUCUGUUGAAUCAUGCCCAAUUCCAUGUUCAAAUAGACAUACAUGUUCUGAUUGUUUGGAUAAUGGUAGAUGCGUUUGGUGUCGAGCAACAAAUGAAUGUUUUCAUUUUUCUGAAUAUACCUCCGAAUAUCAAUUUGGACGUUGCCGUGAAUGGAUUGAUAGAAGUGUUCAUUAUUAUGGAUCAGGACAGAUGCAAAUUGAUAAACCUUACUCAGCUUGUACUUCAUGUGAAGAAAAUAUGAAUUGUUCCAGUUGCCUUAAAACUCUUGGUUGCGGAUGGUGUUAUGACAGUAGUAAUCCAAUUCAAGGAAUUUGUACUGGAGGCGAUUUUAGUAAACCAUUUAUAGGAACUUGUUCUUAUGUAAUGAACAACAUUACUUAUGAAGAAGACACUAGUUGGGCAUAUGCACAAUGUCCUGAUGUUGAUGAAUGCGGUCUUGGACUACACGAUUGCCAUAAAGAAGCUAAAUGUACAAACACUCAAGGAUCCUAUAGCUGUCAAUGUAAACGAGGUUUUAUUGGCGAUGGAAAACAUUCUUGUACUAGAACAUGUUAUCAUAAAUGUGUGAAUGGCUAUUGUAUUGGUGCACCUGACUAUACUUGUAAAUGUGAUCUUGGAUGGACUGGCCCCGAUUGUGCAAUUAACUGUGGAUGUAAUAACCAUUCAACUUGCAAUGAUCGAUCUGGUAUAUGUGAUCAGUGCCAAGAUUGGACCACUGGACAGUUUUGUGAAUACUGCAAAGCUGGAAGUUAUGGUAAUGCGACAUCACUUGAAGGAUGCCAUAAAUGUGAUUGCAAUGACCACGGAGAUGAACAAUUAGGUAUUUGUGAUUCUAGUUCUGGUAAAUGUUAUUGUAAACAUUAUACCGAAGGAGAUAAUUGCCAAUUUUGCAAAAAAGGAUUUUUUGGAGAUCCACAAAAUGGCAAUCUUUGUUAUCACCAAUGUAUGGCCAGAGGAAUUUUAUCUGGCAUGGGUCCUCAAGGUUUUGGAUCAAAAUCUAUAGAAACCAGUGCUUGGGAAACACGUUUAGAAGGUCCACCAUCAAAAGAAUGUCUUUGGAUAAUUGAUCCUGAAAAUAUGCGUAAUAAUUCAACAGCGAUUGGAUCCUAUGUGAUACAAUUAACAAUUGAUAGUGACAUAAAUGUUCCUUGUGGUAUGAAUAGUGUCUACGUAUAUGAUGGACUACCAAAUUUUGUAUCAAUGUCUAGAACACAUCCAGCUCAUUCACUUGGUGUUUUUUGCACUAGAGACUCUCAAUAUCCUUUAACAAUCGAAGGUGUUACUGGUGUGAUGACUAUUUAUUAUAAACAAUCUGAAAUUACUGAAGGGUUUAAUGCCACAUAUGUUGUAUUCAGUUGUCCAGAUUUCUGCCCUUCAAACCGUGUUUGUCAUAAUAACCGAUGUGUAUGUCAACAUGGAAGUACUGGUGUUUCUUGUAAAGACUUAAUUUGUCCAAAUGACUGUAAUCAUAAUCAAGGGCAUGGAAAAUGUGAUCAUGAAUAUGGACGUUGCAUUUGUGAAAGUAUUUAUGAAGGAGAAGACUGUUCAAUACCAGUUCCUGUAUCUAGUCAUUUGCGACAACCUCUUAUAUUCACAGACCUUUUUAAUUCUGCACAUGUAUCAGAAAAUUUAGAUCAUUUGCGUCAAACAUUACCACGUUUUGGACAUUCAGUGGUUGCAACAAGGCGUGGUCAAUUAUGGUUGUUUGGUGGUUAUUCGCUGUCUCAUGGUCCUUUAAAUGAUAUUCGUUUAUUUGACUCUAAAAACAAUUCAUGGAUGCAAGUAACAGUAGAUGGAACAAAUGAUGCACAUAUGCCAAAUGGGAGAUAUUUUCAUGCUACUGAAAUAGUACAUUCUCGAAGGGAAAUAUUUGUUUAUGGUGGUUUGACACAAAUUCAAACCGCGUUUGGCCGCUCUACAAAAUAUUCAAUGAAGAUUUUAUCAGACUUUUGGAAAUUUAGUUUAAAUGAUCAAAGAUGGAUUGGUAUAAAGACAAAUUAUGAUCCACCAGCAUUAGCCGGUCAUACAUUAACAUUACGAUCAGUUGGUGAAAAAGAAAGUCUUAUAUUAAUUGGAGGUUUUAGUCCAGAUAAUGGGUUUCUUGAAGAUGUAUGGGAGUAUGAUUUACAAUUAGAAUCAUGGAAAAAGUUUAAAAUAAAUGGCUAUGGACCAGCUGGGAUAUAUGGACAUAGUACAGUAUAUCACGCACCAACUGACAGUUUAUAUGUAUUUGGUGGUUAUAUUUAUUCUGUUAAUCAAACAAUAAUGACAGAUAAGUUAUUUGCACUCAACUAUAGCCAACAAAUAUGGACUGUUUUACCUAUUUUUAAAGACUAUAAUCCUCCAAAAAAUAGCCUACCUAGAGGACGAUUUUUACAUUCAGCUAUUACAACUGAUGAAUAUAUGUUUGUUUUUGGUGGAAGAACUGAUCCACCAAGUACAAAUGAUACUCUUAUUGCUUACUCUUAUGCAUGUAAUCAAUGGAUACGUUUAUUAACACCAGAUAUAUUUAUAAUCGGUUUGCCACCACCUCCUACUCAUGCUCACGCAAUGACACUAGAUUCAGAAACUAAGUCAAUGUACAUUCUUGGUGGUUUUGCUGGUGAUAUACAAUCUCGUGUAACUCGUAUUCAGUUACCACAAGAUCUUUGUAAUCUUUGGUCUGGAAAACGAGAUAAAUGCAGAUCACUUGUUGGAUGUUCAUUUUGUCAAGUGAUAGGAACGAAUGUCAGCUAUUGUUUUACUCAUCAAGGUCCUGGUUUCAAUCCAUGUGUCUCGAUUAAUGGUACAUCUCGAACAAACAAUGGAGUUUCUUGUAAUUCAAAUUGGAUAUCUAGUCGUUCUUGCGAACAAUAUACAACUUGCACCGAUUGUUUAGCUAUGUGGCCGAACAAUCAUUAUGAAAACUCUAAUGUUUGUUCAUGGUGUGCAAAUUGUGGUACAAAAGGUCAGUGUGUAAAAGAUCCUUCAAGUUGUGAUAACCAAUGUAAGACUGUGACUAAAGUAGAAAUGUGUCCAAAUAUUCAAUGUUUGGCAACUGAUUGUGAAAAAUGUCACGAACAAGGAAAUUGUUUAUGGACUCGGCAAGUACGUAAUUCUGACUUUGGAACACUUUUGACUGGAGAAUCAUUGUAUGAUUGGAGUUGUUCUAGUAUAGAUCUGAAUCAACGAUCUAACUUUAAAAUUAAAAAUUCUACUUUUUGUCCAGAACGUUGUUCUGCGCAUAAAUCUUGUGAAACAUGUUUAUCAUCUCAGGGUGGAGAAGGAGGUUGGCAUGAAUGCAGAUGGUCAAUAACAUUAAAUGAGUGCAUAUCUCCUAGCUACCAACCGUUGUAUUGUGCUGGAGGCGUUUGCGGUCUUGUUCUUAUUAGUAGCAACAUAGAUCGUUGCCCUCAACCUUGUUCAAGUUACACCCAAUGUUCAACUUGCUUGCGCCAUACACAUUGUGGAUGGUGUGCUUUAAAUGUGUUAAACAAAACUGGACAGGGAAUAUGUACUGAAGGUUACAUGUCUAGCCCAGCUUCUGGUCCUAAUCAUUCAUGUCAGGAAUUACUCCAAAAUUUGAAUACUGAACCAAAAAUGUCAGCCUAUCAAAAUUUAGAACCCCAUGAUUUUAUCUAUGGAAUAGAUGAUACUCUUAUAUCAUCGACAGAUGUAGCUUUAUUAAAUAAAGAAUCAAACUUAAAUAAUUCCGUCGCUUGGUAUUAUGUAACUUGUCCACCUGAAAAUGAAUGUGAAAAUGGUCAUCAUAGUUGCAAUUCAGAAAGUGAAGAAUGCGUUGAUCUCGCUGAAGGAUUUCAUUGUGUGUGUGGAAUAGGUUAUCAACCAGAUGAUAAUUCUCAAUGUAUACCUAUUUGCAAUCAAGGUUGUGUUAGAGGUGAAUGCAUCAAACCUGAUGUCUGUCAUUGUGAUUUUGGUUAUGUUGGUUCUAAUUGUACGAUCCAAUGUGAAUGUAAUGGACAUUCUGACUGUGCUGGCCCUGAUCGCUUAACUGAAUGUUUGAAUUGCAAAAAUAACACUCAAGGAUCCCAAUGCCAGCGAUGUAAACCAUUGUAUGUAGGUAACCCGGUGGAACACAUUCAGUGUGUACCUUGUUCAGAUUACUGCAAUGGGCAUGCUAAUAUAUGUGUGGAAAAAUUUGAUACUGAACCAUUUGAAAAUAUUUUAAGUAUUAUUAAUGAUCCUAAUACCAUUCUUAUGCAAAACGAUGGCCCUCUCUCUGAUGCUUAUUGUAUUAACUGUAUGGACAAUACAACAGGUCCAACAUGUUCAGGUUGUUUACCUGGCCACUUUCGAGGUUCCAAUGAUAAUCGAGAUCCUUGUAGGCCUUGUGAGUGUCAUGGUCACGGAAGUACAUGUGAUCCAAUUACUGGAGAAAAAUGUGACUGUCAAAAUAAUACUGAAAGUGACACAAAUUGUCAGUCUGGCAGUGUACCUCAUCAUCGGUCAUUAAAAAACAUUGUUCAGCUUUGUUGGAUGCACCAGUGUUCAAAGUGUAGAGAAUCAUACAUGGGAACACCAACAGAUGGUCAUCAAUGUUACAAGCAAAUGAGUGUUGAUUAUAGAUUUUGCCUUGAUGCCAAACUGCUUGAUGAAUGUAAAACAAAACCAAAUCCACUUUAUCCGGGACAAACAUCAUUUUUUGUAGUUCAACCACGUUUUAUGAAUGUUGAUAUCAGAAUCACUGUUGACAUAACUCAAGGAGCUGUUGAUUUUUUUUUGACGUCACAUGAAGAUAUAUUCAUAGUUACUAAAAAUAAAUCUCUAAAUAGAAAUGUUUUUGAUUUUGAUCCGAGGUUUGAGUGGUAUAGUGAAAUGGAAACAAUUGAACAAGUGAGUAGCAGUUCAAAUACUUCUAAAGGUUCAAAACAUUUAUUUACAUAUCAAGAGCACAAAACAAAAGGUUUAUCUACUUAUGUUACAAUGAAAAAAAGUAUGUCUCUAUUAAUGGUCAAAAAUGUCAAUAAUAGAUUGAUUAUUACUCUUCCACAUGACAAACAUGAUUUAUCAGCAACAAGAUAUUAUAUGGCAUUGAUGGCAAUCUCGUUACCAGUACAAGCUACUCAUAUAGUACCAGUACCUACGUAUGGAACAGUAUUUUUUAGACAAGACCAGCUUCAUAUUGAUCUCUUUGUGUUUUUCUCUGUAUUUUUCUCGUGUUUCUUUCUAUUUCUUGCUGUGUGCGUUGUCGGAUGGAAAGCAAAACAAGCAGCUGAUAUGCGCCGAGCUCGCAGACAACAAGUCGUAGAGAUGUUGCACAUGGCCAAAAGACCAUUUGCGUUUGUAGCGAUUGUUCUGAACACAUCCCAACAACCAGAAACUAACCAGGCAGCUAGAUUUGGUGACAUAAGACCAAUAGCAAUCGAACCUACCAGUGAUGCCAAUGCUGCAGUGACUACAUUGUUGAUAAAAUUGCCUGACCGUGGACAACAGUCUACAGGCACUAGGUUGGCACUAGGCUCUACUUUAGUGUUGAAUAUGCUCAAUCCAAGAGGUGGUUAUUUGUCUAACAUGCACAGACACCAUUAUAAUGCUGGUGGUCCCAGACAAAGAAGGAAUGUUCCUCAAUAAUCGUGAUAUUUAAUUCAUGCAAAUUCAAUAAGAUAAAUUAUCAGUAUUACUGUAUAAUAAUAUUAAUUAUAUGCGUUACUUAAGUACUUUUAACACAUACAUUACACUUAUUCAUAAUUUAACUUAUAUGUCGUGAAUUUCUUAAUUACAAACAAUAAACCUCAUAGAUUAUCAAUUAAGCUCAAAUAUUAAUGUCCAAAUAUUUUUAUAUAAGCAUUUAACAAAUAAAGUGAACAACUUCAAAUGACUCACUGACCAAUAAUAAUUAUAAUAUUUAAU